CUGCUUUGCUUUGGUUGGAGGGACUGAGUGUAUGUAUGUUAACCCCUCCCUCCCCUCUCUCACAUUUCACUUCACAAACUUGUCACUCUCUCCCCAGCACAGUAUUUAAAAAGUGUUUCACUCAUGUCCAGCACUUCACAAGGAAGCAAGCUUCAGGCCUUGGGAAGCAGUUCGGGGCAAUCCCUGAGUAGGUCUGAUUACUGUUUUCCAAUUGGGACAAUGAAGAUAUUUAGAAGAGUUCCCAAAGUAACAAAUCUGCAACUGCAUAAAACCCUCAAACAAACUGUUGUUUAGGGAGGAAAUCUAUUCUGUAAAAUCUGGAAGAUUUUCCCUCUGCUCCUCUUCUGAUUCUGAAGCCUGAGCUAUAACCAGUCACGAACACUGGAGUGUGAACAGGAUUGGAAGCAAAUGGAUCCCACCAGCAGCAGCUGUAUGCGCAGUCCACAAGCUCCUGCCCCACUUUGGGGGUGCCUGCGAAGCACCCAUGUGGAUGUCACCUCAGCUUCAGGGCUGAACCACUACCCACCAGCACCAUUCUCUUUCCAUCAAAAAUCAGAUUUUGCUACUUACUCCGAUUUCUCAACUUCCUGCCUGGUGACUGCUCCCCAUAGCUUCCCAUGUGAGGAGCGAGCGUUUGUGGAGCAGCACCCCUCUUUCCAACACUCUGACUGGCAUCUUGCAGCAACUGAGGCCAGAAGACGACUAAAUCCAGGACUGGCUUUGGGUUCUGGGGAGUCAGAAGGCAGCAGCCCAAAUCUAGUGAGUGCAGCAGUGGGUAUGAAUGAAGAUGAUGAGGUACCAGUAAAUACUACAAAUGAGACUGAGAAAAAGUCAUCCAAAAGAAAAAAGGAAAACUCAGAAAACCAGAACUCAAGCAACAAGGGAGAAACAAGCAGCAAAUCACGGAAGGAAAGGACGGCUUUCACAAAGGAGCAGCUACAGGAGCUGGAAGCCGAAUUUGCCCACCAUAACUACUUGACAAGGCUCAGGAGAUACGAGAUAGCUGUGAACCUGGACCUCACCGAGAGACAAGUCAAAGUAUGGUUUCAAAACAGAAGGAUGAAAUGGAAACGUGUUAAAGGUGGGCAACCAGUGUCCCCACAUGAACGGGACACAGAAGAUGUAGAUUCUGCUGCAUCCCCCAGCUCUGACUAGUCCUUUUGGCAAUGGAAGAGGAAUAUGGAGAAAGUAAUUGAUCAGAAAGUGGAUGCAACACUGCUUUGGGUCAGCUACACCAUGAGAUGACCCUGCUUGCAAAACCUGUAGCCCUGUGUCUUUAAAAGGUUGCAUGAUGCUUUAGGUUACAGAGGCAAUUAAAGAAAACAGUAGGAAAAAGCCAGAGGGCAUGAUUUUGAUUUUUGUCUGAAUGAAUUUAACUCUCUCUGGAAUUGUCUUACUACCACAGAUGUGUCUUCAGAAUAAAAGUUAACAGACACUGAAUAUAAACCAGGAGUAAUGUUGUGUACAUUCUCAAACUCUCAGAAAAUACAGGCUGUCAGUCAGCAAGUGAUAAUGCAACUGUAUUCUCACCCAGCCUUUCCCCAUCAUAUCUAUUCAUUCUGCAUUUGGACUUGACAAUUUCCUUGUGCCUUUAGGAGAAAUAAACACUUUGAUAGUCACUGAUUUUUCUUGCAAUGUGAAUUGAAGACCUGUAUGGCUAGGCAGUAAGAUUUAAAAAUAAAAAUCUGAUACCAGAACUAUAUUCACAGGAUUCUGCUUACCAGUUUCUGAAGAGAUGGCUUUCACAUUGGCAGUCCAAGAAGAUAGAUGCCUUGUUGAUGGAGCAGUCUGCAGAGGAAAAUUUCUUUCAAGCUUACUGUAAAUCCUGAAAUGAAAUUGCUAGAUAUGUUUCAAACACUUUUUCAAAGCAGUCAUUACCAGAUGUCACAGAAGGUACAGCAGAGGUUAAGCCCUAAACCAUCAACACAAUAGUUAUCACUAUUUUGUUUUCAACAUUUAAAUCUAUUUUAACUGAAGGGAAACUACUCUUUAGUGCUGCAUUUCUUUUGGAUUUAAUGAAUGUCUCU